CUCUGCCAAGCGAAGAUUUCCUCCUCCACUCUGCUUUCUCACAUUUCUUCUGCCUCUGAACUGAGAUGCCUGUAGACACCACACGUUCGAUCAGAGACCGGUCUGCCGUGGGUCGCUUUCCGUCCGUCACUCUCGGGUUUGGAGAUGACACGGACGAAGAGUUGGAGAAGGAAGAACCUGAGGAGGAGGACGUUAAAGACAAUGCAUGUCAGCGUUGGUUGCGUAAAGUCUGCCCGUGCUGCUGUCCUAAAGCAAGGGAUGAAGAUGUCACAGAAACUUUGGUCACAACCGUAGAUGACAAGGACGAAGGAGAGAAACCGGCGUCUGACGAAAAACCACUGAACGAACUCCUCCUGAACGUGCGAUCGAUCAACCUCAUGAAAAGUAAAACAGAGGCAAACCGCAAAGAGCACCACACGGAUCUGUACCAGAGUGAGAACUUCAUCAUCCGCAGAGGACAGACCUUCCAGAUGUGGAUCACAUUAUCGAGACCGUUCGACCCGAACACAGACAAGCUUCACCUGGAGCUGAAAACAGGCUCUCUGCCAACUGUUGCAAAGGGAACCCACGUCAUCAUCCCGCUGGUGGAGGAUCUGGAGGAUGGUCGAUGGGAGGCUGCGGUGGUGAAGAAAGACGACAAAAAGAUCAAGCUGUCGGUGAACUCUCCGCCCACAGCGCUCAUCGGUCGAUAUCAACUCAAAGUGGAGACGAGCUGUCCAAGCGGCCAGGCCAUCUCCACGCACGACCCAGCAAAUGACAUCUGGAUGCUGUUCAACCCCUGGUGUGAAGAUGACACAGUCUUCAUGGACUCUGAGGAGGAGCGGCAGGAGUACGUCCUGAACGACAUCGGACGAAUGUACUACGGCACGCAGGACCAGAUCGGGGUGCGGACGUGGAACUACGGACAGUUUGAUGACAGGAUCCUUGACGCCUGCAUCUUCAUCCUGGAGGAGAGUAAGACUCCUCCGUCCGGUUGGGGAGACCCGGUUAGCGUGGUGCGAGUCAUUUCAGCCAUGGUGAACUCCCGUGACGACAACGGCGUCUUGGAGGGGAACUGGUCUGGAGACUAUUCACUUGGAACCAGUCCCACAGUGUGGAGCGGGAGUGUGGAAAUCCUGCAUGAACACUAUCAGAACAAGGGGGCAGCUGUUAAAUACGGGCAGUGCUGGAUCUUUGCCGGUGUCGUCACUACAGUUUUACGUUGUUUAGGGAUCCCCAGUCGAACGGUGACCAACUACAGCUCAGCUCACGACACUGACGUCUCUCUGACCACAGACGUUUACCUUGAUGAGAACAUGGAUCCUUUAGAGCACUUCAACACAGACUCCAUCUGGAACUUCCACGUCUGGAACGACUGCUGGAUGGCUCGACCCGACUUACCUGCGGGUAACGGAGGCUGGCAGGCUGUGGACGCCACGCCUCAGGAGACCAGCCAGGGGACCUUCCGCUGUGGCCCCGCCUCCCUCGCUGCUAUCCGUAACGGUCAGGUGUUCCUCAAACACGACGCUCCGUUUGUCUUUGCUGAGGUGAACAGUGAUAAGAUUUACUGGCAGAGGAACACAGAAGGGACCUUCAGUAUGAUCUACAGCGAGAAGAAGACGGUGGGCCACUUUAUCAGCACCAAAGCUGUCGGCUCUGAUGAGCGCAUGGACAUCACACACCUCUACAAACACCCUGAAGGUUCAGAGCAGGAACGUAUUGCGGUGGAGACGGCGUGCAGCUACGGCUCCAAAGCAGAGGCGUUCUCCCCGCCCACGGCUCAGGAUGUCUCCGUGGAGGUGACGAUGGACGGAGAGGGACCGGUAAUGGGAAAAGAUGCAGAGCUGACCAUCGUGUUCAAAAACAGCAGCUCGGAGGAGCGAAAGGUGAUGGUGCACAGCCAGGUGGCGGUCAUGUACUACACCGGAGUCCACAAGGCCACGGUCAGGAAGGACAACACGGACGUGGACCUGCUGCCCAAUGAAGAAAAGUCCUUAGAGUGGACCCUGGAGUACAAAGACUACAAAGAUCAGCUGAUAGACCAGGCGGCCCUGAUGCUGACCCUGGCAGGCCGGGUCAAAGAGACCCAGCAGGUCCUCGCCACGCAGUUCAGCUUCAGGCUCAGAACGCCUAAUCUGGUCGUGAAGCCAAUCGGGAAGGCUGUGGUCGGGGAGAAGAUGGCAGCAGAGAUUUCAUUCACCAACCCACUACCUCAGGUGCUGAAAUCCGUCAUAGUUCACGUGGAGGGACUCGGACUUCUCGCGGCUCGAAAGAUUCAUUACGGAGAUAUCGGCAGCCGGGCAUCCGUGACUCUGACGGAGCACUUCGUCCCCUCGCUGCCCGGGCCGAGGAAAUUACUGGCGUCUCUGGACUGUAAGCAGCUCACUCAGGUUCACGGAGUGGCCAACAUCACGGUGGAGUAACAGAGCGGUUUAACCAGAGGAGCUGAUCAUGGACUCUCCGUAGGACUCUGGGCCUGUUUUCGUGUCAGUUUUAUGUAAAGUUUGUGUUUAUAAACUGAGCACAGACGUACACAGAUCAGAAAGAUGUUCUGUUUUCAUCUCAGAGAAGAAAGUCUUACAUCACACUUUACAUCUUAAUGCUGGAGACGUUAAGACGACUCACCGGGCUCAGACGUUCAGAGGUUUUAUUAAACCAAAUAAUCUGGAGCCACGUUUGUUGGCUUUCAAACAUCAGAAAACCUAGUUCAUGUUUGUUAAUUUUCUUUAGAUGUUAAGUGGAUUAGAUCUACCUGAUCCAGUCUGAUUCCAUAAACCUUAUCACUCUGAAACCGUCCCUUUUAUUAUCUCAAAUUUUUAAUUUGAGUGUUAUUUUUUGGGGCGUUUUUAUCUGUUAUAAAGGAGAGCGUAGAGAACAAGGAAAGACCUGCAGUUAAGCGUUGAGACCGUGACUGGAAAGUUGGAAAGACUAAACUCUGGCCGCUGUACAUGGGGCGCACUCUCUGAAACUGCUGAGACAAACCAUCCAUUAUCAAUAAACUAUCUUAUCAGUUUACUUCUGAAUAUCUGAACCCCUGUGUGUUAGAGAAAGAGGAUCAAAAAGAAACUUCUGUAAAGACCUGCUUUAAUACAAGCAUUUGUUUAAUAUUUAUAAAUACAACAUAUUUAUUUUUUCAUUGUAAAGAACAAGAAUCAUAUUUAAAUGUUUUUGUAUGAUGAAAAUAAAAAAGUCCUCAUGGUGGUGAUGUGUGUUUGUGCUUGGAUGUUUGGUUGUCAUGGAUUCACAGAGGCUGUCCUAGUUACAGUGGCCAUGUUUGAAGUCCAACAACAAUCGAAUGAGAAUGUGUUCUGAAGAUAAAUGCUCUCAGCAGGUGACAGUUAUUGUUGUUGUUGUCUCUCAGGUGUUUCAUUCUCUUUUUAUGUCAGUCUGUUUCUAAAGCCUCCGUGCCAUUAUUCUGUCUCCAUCCCUGCCUUAAUGUCUGUUCAAGGAAAAUAUUAAAAUGAUUACUACUUUUAUAUUAUAAUAGAUGGAAACAUUAGUUCAAAAAGAAAAAUACAUAAAAAUGCUGAGAUUCAAAGUGUAAAA